UUGCUGCACUCUCGCGGUGUUUGGUUCCUUUGACUGUUCAGUCUUGGCUUGGGUUCUGAUUCUUCAGCUUCUGUGUCUUUAGCUCCCCGUAGUCUAAGGUGGCUCCUCUGUAGCUAGUGUCCCUGUGAAGUGCAGACGACGCGGGACGCCCGAAAUUCGGAAAUGAACUCAGUGGCCUUUGACGAUGUGGCUAUAAACUUCACCCAGGAAGAGUGGGCUUUGCUGGAUCCUUCCCAGAAGAAUCUCUACACAGACGUGAUGCAAGAAGUCUUUAGGAACCUGAAUUAUAUAGAGAACGGGUGGGAAGACCAGAACAUUGAGGAGGACAAAAAUCCUGAGAUAAAGCUAAGGCACAUCAUAACUGACUCUGGAUACAACCUAUAUGAAAAUCAAGAAUAUUCAGAGAAGCCAUAUAAAUUUACACAAUAUAGGAACUCUUUCAUUUCUCUUAUGAGUAUUCAAAGACAUAUGACAAUGGACACUGGAAGUAAACCUUAUAAAUGUAUGUUAUGUGGGAAAGCCUUUCAUUUCCCCAGUGAAUUUAGAAUACAUCUAAGAACUCAUACAGGAGAGAAACCUUAUGAAUGUAAACAAUGUGGGAAAGCUUUCAGUCAUUCCAGUUCCUUUAGAAAACAUGAGAGAACUCAUACAGGAGAGAGGCCCUAUGUAUGUAAACAGUGUGGGAAAGCUUUCAAUUGUUCUGGUUCCAUCCGAAAACAUGAAAGAACUCAUACCGGAGAGAAGCCCUAUGAAUGUAAACUGUGUGGAAAAGCCUUCAAUUGUCCCAGUUAUCUUCAAAUUCAUGAAAGAAGUCACACUGGAGAGAAGCCCUAUGAAUGUAAACAGUGUGAUAAGACAUUCAGUUGUUCCAGUUCCCUUCGAAAACAUGAACGAACUCAUACUGGAGAGAAGCCUUAUGAAUGUAAACAGUGUGGUAAAGCCUUCAGUUGUUCCAGUUCCUUUCGAAAGCAUGAACGAACUCAUACUGGGGAGAAGCCCUAUGAAUGCAAACAGUGUGGUAAAGCCUUCUUUUCUCUCACAAGUGUUCGAACACACAUGAUAAAGCACACUGGCAAUGGGCCUUUUAAAUGCAAUGUAUGUGAGGAAGUGUUUCCUUUUUCUAGUGUAUUUAGAAGACAUCAAACAUCUCAUGCUGGAGAGAAGCCCUAUGAAUGUAAACAAUGUAGUAAAUGGUUUAGUUCUUCUACGUCACUUCAAAUACACGAGAGAACUCACAAUGGGGAAAAACCCUAUGUGUGUAAGCAAUGUGGUAAAGCGUUCAGUUGUCCCAGUUACAUUCGAAAACAUGAACGAACUCAUACUGGGGAAAAAUCCUAUCCAUGUAAACAAUGUGACAAGUGGUUUAGUGCUUCCAGUUCUCUUCAAAUACAUGAAAGAAUUCAUACUGGAGAAAAGCCCUAUAAAUGUAAACAAUGUGGUAGAGCAUUCAGUCGGUCCACUUCCAUUCAAAAACAUGAACAAACUCAUACAGGGGAGAGACCCUAUGAAUAUCAUGUGGGAAAGCCUUCACUUCCAGUUGAAAUUGAUUACUAAAUAGUCUUAUGAAUGUAAAUUCUGGAAAACCCUCAAUUUCUCUCACAGGCUUUUGAAUAAAUACACUGGAAAUGGACCUUUUAAAUGUGAGGUAUGUAAAAGCCUUUCACGGUCCCAGGACAUUUAGAGCACAUCAAAUAACUCAUGCAGGAAAGAAACAAAGUGAAUGUAAACAAUGUGGUAAAAAUCCUUCCGUUCUUCUGGGUAUCUCAAAACCAUAAAAGAAUUCAUGUUGGAGAGUUUCCCUACUAAUGAAAGCAAUGGAGAAUCAUCUAUUACAAUUUUCUUUAUAAACAUGAAUGAACUUGUAUUGGAGAAACAUCCUUUGAGUACAAAUAAAUAUGGUAAAUAUCACAUUAAAAUAUUCAUUGGACAACAAGUCAUCAAAAAGUGAUUGUAAGGAAUAUGAGAAAAAUAGUUUUCUUGAUUCUUUUAAAGGACACAGAAAGAUUGACACUGAAUAAUAACCCUGUAUAUGUGUGAAAAAUGGUUAAGGCUUCAGAUGCCCCAGUUCUUUUAGUUUAUAUGAAAUAAUACAUACCAGAUAAAACACUAAUAAAUAGGACUAUGGGGGAAGUAUUCAAUUUUUCAGUUUUCUUUAAAGACAUUAAAUAGAGGGGGGGAAAAGCCUGUAGCUCUAAGUAAUGUGGUUAGGCUUUCAAUUUUUAUAGUUCUUUUUGAAAACCAUGAAAGAACUCUGGAGAAAAGGCUGAGUGUAAGAAAUGUCAGAAGACCUUCAAUCUUUCCAUUUUCAUUCAAAGACAUGAAAGAACUCAUUUAGGGAAAGACUGUUGGGGACACAGAAAGUCUCCCGACUUCAUUUCUCAUGGAAAGAUACGUGAUAAUGCACACUGGAGAUGGACAUGCAUUACACUGACUUUACAAGGUGCAAACAUUGCUUUUCGGGGUUAAAGCAUGGAAUGUGUCUUUAUAUUAGAUACAAUUUUGUAGUAUUUUGUUGAGACUUUUUACAAUUGUAUUCAAAGAGAUUUGUGUAUCUUGGUAUAAUAUAUAAUAUAGUAUUAUUUAGUACAUACAGUGUAUGCAUGUGUAUGUGUAUCUGUAGGAUACGUAUAGUUUGUACAUGAGUAGUAUAUAUUAUAUAACUAGUUCAUAUGGUAUGUAAUUAAAAUAUAUGUAACUGCUAUUUUACUACAUAGUAGCAUACAUUGGUUAUGCUAUUGGAAUCUUAUCAAUGUAUAGAAUAAAGCAUUUCAGUUACCCACACAACUCCCC